AUGAGAGUCCAAGACAGCACCGGCAGUUCAUCCUUUGUUAUGUGGGAUAGAGAUGUCCAAAAGUUGCUUGGGUUAAGUGCAAAUGAUAUUCGUCAAAGGCAAUUGAACAACAAUGAUGAUGAGUCUUACCCUCAUGAACUUGAAGGCCUCUUAAAUGUGAAAGUGGCAUGUAAGAUCAAGAUUGACAAAUACAAUCUGAAACACAAGGGCAGUGCUUAUAUUGUUAUCAAGAUGUGUGAUGAUCCUGAUAUCAUUACUGAAUUAGAAGAACCAGCAGAACCAGAAAACAACAGUGAGGUCCAGGGAGAGCCUUCAAUGCCUCAAGUAGCAAUUGUUAAACUUGGUGAGGAGUCGCAAGGUGCACCGGAUUCAAAGGAUGCAUUCUCGGUUACUGGCGAUUCUUUGGCCACCGAGAUUGAGAAAGAUAGUGAGACCAGUCCGUUGCAGAAAAGAGCUAACGAAACUCCCGGUGUUGAAUUAACAAACAAGAUCACUAAACUGAUAAUUUGGGAUGAAGCUCCUAUGAUACAUAAACAUUGUUUUGAAGCCCUUGAUCGAACAAUGAGAGAUAUUCUAAGAUCAACCCAACCCAAUAGCGAAGAUCAAGUUUUUGGAGGCAAAGUAGUAGUUUUUGGCGGUGACUUCCGACAAAUCUUGCCAGUUAUACCAAAAGGAACCAGAAGUAUGAUUGUCAAUGCAAGUCUAAAUUCCUCAUAUAUAUGGCACCACUAUCAAGUUCUUAAAUUGACAGUGAAUAUGAGGUUAAAAGUUGGAACACAAAAAACCGACUUACAAGAGGUUCAAGAAUUUGCUGAAUGGAUUUUAAAAGUCGGAGAUGGGGUUCUUGGUGCUGACAAUGAUGGCGAAGCAGAAAUUGAAAUACCUAAGGAUUUGUUAAUCACUGAUUCAAAUGAUCCCCUUCAGUCACUGAUUAAUUUUACAUAUCCAAAUAUGCUUAACAGUUUGCAAGAUCCUAUGUUUUUUCAACAACGGACUAUUCUUGCACCAACUCAUGAUGUUGUUGGAACCAUAAAUGAAAAGUUAUUAGAUUUGAUGUGA